UCCGGAGAAGUGGCGCGAAGGAGUUAAGCGGGACUGCGGGUGACAUCACCUCAUUUACAUAGGAGCGCCAAUAUAACGGCGCUUGCCGAGGCCCUCCCAACAUUCGGCGGCAGCCACUACGCAGAUCGGACUCUUCUUGCUCACGCACCUCGCUCGGCACCCUCCGCAACCAUGUCUGACAAACCCGAUAUGGCUGAGAUCGAGAAAUUCGAUAAGUCGAAAUUGAAGAAGACAGAAACGCAAGAGAAAAACCCUCUGCCUUCAAAAGAAACCAUCGAACAGGAGAAGCAAGCCGGCGAAUCGUAAUGAGGCGAGCACCGCCAAUAUGCACUGUACAUUCCACAAGCAUUGCCUUCUUAUUUUACUUCUUUUAGCUGUUUAACUUUGUUAGAUGCAAAGUGGUUGGAUCAAGUUUAAAUGACUGUGCUGCCCCUUUCCCAUCAAAGAAUCCAGAACUACUGACAAAGCCGAGCCUGCCUCUCCCAUCUGCCAGGCUGGCUGGCUGGGAAGGAAAAGAACGUGCAUAUUGGUGAAGGAAAAAACUGGGUGGGAGGUGGUGAGAUCUAGAGUAAAAUCCAGGAUGGUCCAAGGUAUCCUGCGGGCUGUAAAAUGCAGUUUAAUCAGAGUGCCAUUUUUUUUUUUUGUUCAAAUGAUUUUAAUUAUUGGAAUGCACAAUUUUUUUAAUAUGCAAAUAAAAAGUUUUAAAACCUG